AUGGCAAUGGGACAAGAAGGGCAUCGAGCCAUCCAUCCCUUCUUCCGUAAAGAGAUCGACACACCGACGGGCAACAUCCCUCCCACCACCGAAGAUGGUCUACCAAGAGACCCCAAGCGGGACUCUCCUGCCUGCGAGACUCCCAAGCCGAUGACCAAACAGCCAGAUGGGACUUCGAAAGCGUCGAAUCUUCAAUCUCACGAACUGCCUCCGUUCCAGACAGCCGCUCCGGUCGACGAGACUCUGGAGCACGAUCCCAACACGGGGAGACGAAAACGACGAAAGACGGAUAGGCAUAGUAAAGAGGGUGCCGCACAUGGAUCUAUAACCAAGUAUAUAACGCCUCAGAACAAUUCUUCGCAAGGACAGGAACCCACACAACUUGAUGUUCUCGUGGGCGAAACCGAAUUGCCAGCAGAAGCAACUCCUAGUCCGGAACCUGACCUUCCCUCUGCCGCGCCCUCCACAGAUCCUGGAAAUCAUCCUGACCCGACUAAAAGGACACCUAGCCCUACGGAGGACACUCCAAAUGACACUGAUCCAACCAGCCAAAAGGAAAGGUCGUCUAAGAGGAAGACGAUCAAACUCAACGCGAACGGAAAGCUUCUGAGCUCCCCUGUCUCCAAACCCCAGGGGGAGGAAAAUCCCAAGAAAAAGUCGAACAACAAAAGAAAGAGCGGGAAAGGAGUGACUAGCACCAAAUUGAUCGUCUUCAAAUACCCUAAGACCGAGGAAGACAGCUUGGGCAAGUUGAUUGAUGACAUUCUCAAUGGUAAACGGCGGCAUGCCCCUACGAACCCUCCGAAACCUGCCCCUCCACCGGUCAAAAAGGAUGAACCUCCAAAGCCAACACAUCCUUUCUUCAUGAAGAAACCCACACGCAAGCUCGAGACGUGUUCAUCCCCUGCCUCUCAUGAUGCUCAAGCCACGAAGACAGCCUCCAACGCUCCCAACCGCCAAAGUCCAUCAGGUUCCUUCAUGAAGUCGUUUAACUCCUUCAAGCAUCGGCCAUCCAAGGCUCCGGAUCCCAUUCAUCCCAUCUGGCCGCCGCGAGGGCUCUCUCACGUUCGAGGCCAAUGCGACGAUGUCACUUUACCAGGGAGUGCCGUAGACCAUCCUCUUGGUUUAGGCCCCAAGAAAUCGAAGAUGGCUGCUGUGAGCGUCUCGGACAAAGAGAGUGUACUGUCUCCGGGUUUGCAAAACCUCACUCACGAACCGACCCGGAUUCUUCGAUUACCAGGAAGGAAUACCGCUAGUGGAUAUGUCCUACAAAAAGCAGUCACUAGACAACUAUCCCACAAUUCGCUAUCAGGCACUGGCAAGGAUACUUUGAGCGGUACCUGCCACCCAGCUAUCGCCCGCCUGCACGAAUCUAUACCAAAAACAAUGAGCGCUUUCGAUACCGGAAACUUUGAUAGUCUGCUUUGGGCACAGAAAUACGCCCCCUCUUCAGUUGAACAAGUUCUUCAGGUCACGAAAGAGGUGCAGAUGCUGCGCGACUGGUUGAAAUUUUUGAUGAUAUCGGCAGUUGAUACAGGGAAGCCAUCAAAGGACGGGGGGGAGAAACAGACUGGUGACAGGAAGAAGAAGAAGAAGCGCAAGAAGACAGAUAAACUGGACGGCUUCAUUGUGUCAAGUUCCGAUGAAGAUUACCAGAUGGAUGAAGUUUCCGAUUCAGAUGAAGAUGAGCUCGCCGGGGCUGUGACAGUCUCCUCCAAGCGGACCGUAAUCCGGGCUGGCGAUCUCACCCUGAGUUCAAGGGAUGGGGCCGAACGAGGUCGGAUGUCCAAUGCAAUUCUUGUCAGCGGUCCUCCAGGCUGCGGCAAGACCGCAUCGAUCUACGCUGUUGCAAAAGAGCUCGACUUUGAAGUUUUCGAAAUUAAUCCUGGCAGCCGGCGGAAUGCGAGAGACAUUGUGGAGCGGGUCGGAGAUAUGACACGCAAUCAUCUUGUGCACAACUUCGAUGAGAGAAGUUCUCGUCAAGAUCACAGCUCUCCAGCCCCUGGCGCCAAUGAUGACAAGCAAAACAAGCUGAUGGGCUUUUUCAAAUCCGCCGGCAGUAAGGAUACCAAGAAGGCCGGUCAUUGCAAAGACAAAGAGCUUGAGAAGGAGGGCGAUCCAAAAAGAACGCGCCAGCAGAAACAGUCUUUCAUCCUCCUCGAGGAGGCGGACGUCCUCUUUGAGGAAGAUCGGCAAUUCUGGUCCGGCGUACUCACAUUAAUUAAUCAGUCGAAACGCCCGAUUAUCAUCACUUGCAACGAUGAGAGUCGUAUCCCAUUGAAGGACAUCUCAUUCCAUGCCAUCCUUCGUUUCCGUCCUCCGCCUCAACACCUUGCCGUGGACUAUCUUCUACUCAUCGCUGCAAACGAGGGCCAUUUGCUGAAACGAGAAGCCCUUAAUGCGCUCUAUAUGAGUACCGGGAAAGACCUGCGGAGGUCAAUCACUGAACUCAAUUUCUGGUGUCAAAUGGCUGUGGGAAGUGAGAAAUCUGGUCUUGACUGGAUUGUUGACCGGUGGCCUCGCGGGUGUGACCUGGAUGACGAGGGAAAUCCGCUGCGAGUGAUCAGCCUCAACACCUACGAGCAAUUUAUGGGCUGGUUCAGUCGUGACAUGUUGAUGUGCGGUACCUUGGACAGCGAGAUUGAGCCGGGCCAAGAGUCUCUCAUGUGGUGGCAGCUCAGUCUUCAAGAUGCAGAAGAGUGGUCGGACAUCGAUGCGCUGGCCAAAAGUCGACCGAAGGGGUCCAGAGAACAGCAACUGGAACAUUUACGGCGCUUCUCGGACCUCAUGGACAGCCGAAGUGAUCUUGAUAUUCUCGCCGCUGAUCUGUCGCUUGAUGCGAAUCAGGAUGUGCUGGAUACAUCUAUCGAGUCCAUUUCUGAGAAACAGCGCGCGAAUUAUCUGGAAGGCUACCCGCUCUUGGUCACGGAGCCUCUUCCCUGCUAUACGUCCCUCCCUGUGGCCAUCGGGAACACUUAUGCCACAUUUCUACGACGUGUCUUCCGGCCGAGCCAGCAAAAGAAUAUCGAAACAACUCAGGCUGUCAAGUCACUGGCCAAGAUCACGCAUCCCAUGGCAUCGGGCCCUAGUCAUGGUGACCUUCUCCGCGCCUUCGAACCGGUGAUGAAGCCGGACUACGUUUUCCCCCCACCGGUUGGACGGGUGGCUCUGUCCUUUGAGAACGGUCUCGGACCAGUUGCAGAAGACCUCGGGCCUUACAUCCGAGCUAUCACGGCAUUCGACUUGCGCCUUGAACAAUACAGGCUACAAUUGAGUGGUCUGCUAUCCCAAGACGGCCAGGGUACGAAACGAGUACGGAAGACACGAGCGAGUCGCGCAGCGCUAGAAGGGGGUAGCAAGGCGGAAACACGUAAGGAGCGGUGGUUCCCUCCGGACACCAAUGCCUCGUUGGUUCUGGGAACGGGAAAGAGAGAGUGGCAGGAGAUGCUGGUCCAGGCGGGAUAUUUCACCGUGUCGGGGGAGGGAGGCGCUUGUAGUCAGGAGUGGGCAGUGGAGAGUUCUAGCGACGGAGGGUUCUGA